GAUUUUAUUUCUAAUCAGAAAUAAGAAAAAUUUACUACUAUUUUAUUUAUUUUAUUUCAUGCAUUAAGUAAAUAUAUUCGAGAACUCAUGUUUAAAUUUUCGAUUCUCGAUGUUAUCGAUCGAACAGCCAUCUUGUCAACACCAUCUAUCGACGGAAUUUUAAAACUAAUUAUAAGAUCAAACCACUGCUUGACCAUACUUGUCAUAACUUGUCAACAUUGAUCAUAACCUUACUGCAUUUAAUGCAGUUUUUCGGAAAUGCAUUACAACAUGCCAAGGCAUAUAGAGAUUGGUAUUAUACCUAAUAAUUUGAGACAUGAAGAAACAAUAGUUCAAAUAACUGAAGCAUUAGACAAUUUAGAUUCUGCUGUAUUGUAUAUAUUUAAUUGCAUAGAUAAAAGACUUACUGAAAAUUCUCAAAGACUUUCAGAUAUAAAACAUAGAGCUCUAAAGUUGGAAAAUCAGUUACGAUACUUGCAAUCUAAUUUAAAUUUAAAAGCUAUUAAAAUAUAUUCUGCUGCAAAAUAUCCUGCCAGUCAUACAUACAAUGAAUAUAAAGUGGCUAUACCAUUGCAACGUGAUAAUAUUAGUAAUAUACCAAGUAUUUACAAAUGUUCUGUACCGAUAAAAGACACACAUGAAACACACCUACCUUCUAAUUUCAAAACCGAAGAUGGCCAGUAUUCAAUAAAUGUUAAUCUGCAAGAAAAGUUACAGUUUUACUAUGUUAGACAUAAAACAAAUGAACAAAUAGAAAAUGAUAUAAAUACACGUCAAUAUGUACCAUCUUUACCUUCGUCUGUCAGUGCUCUUCUACUAUUUGAUAAUGUAAAUACCACGUAUAGAAAAACUUUAUCAUCUAAUAAGUCUAAUGAUAAAAAACAAAUUGAAGAUGCACCCGAUUCAAUUGUGCAAUCGUGGCAUUCAUCAGAAAUGGAUUUGCCAUCUGGUUACCUUUAUACACCUAUACUUGGAGAGGUUCCACAAAUGAAUGUACCACUUAUGCUACCAGAUUUACCAGGAAUUGUAGAUAAUGAAAAAUUUGACUUAGAUUUGAAUUCACAAAGUCCUAUUGCUCCCUCUUCGGCUGUUGUUACUCCUACGGUUCGAUUAGAUUUACCACUUUUGACUGAAGAAGGUGAUUCGCAAACUACAAUUGAAUCUAAUGUUUCAAAUCUGCCCAAUUUAUCUGUAAACAAUUCAUCAGUCUGUAUUGAAUCUAAAUCAUCAACAGUAAAUGCAACUAUUUCGUCAAUUGGAAAUAAUGUUGGACAGAAUGAAACAAACUUUAAGGCAAUACAACCUCCAUCAACUAUGCCACCACCACCACCACCACCACCACCAUCGACUGCUGCACCACCACCGCCUCCACCACCACCACCGCCACCUCCUCCUCCUCCUCCUCCUCCUCCUCCUCCUCCAUUUUCAACAUUACCAUCUACUUCAUCAACAGAGAAACAAUCUCAAGAUGAAAGUUUACAAAAGCAGAAUGAAAAAAAAUCUCAGUCUAAUAUAAAAAAUAUUAAUACCGACGAUCGAUCAAAUUUAAUGGCAGCAAUACGUGAUGCGGGUGGUAUUGGAAGAGCAAAAUUGAGACCUACAGUGCCAAUUGAUAAAAAAGAAAAUCGUUGGUCAUCAGCUUCGGUAGGCGGAGAUCUAAUGGCAGAUCUUCAUGCAAAAUUAGCUUUAAGAAGAAAAGGUAUUGCUGGCUCUGCAACAGGGGCAUUAGAGAGAAUGUCAAGUUCAAUACCACCACCGCCGCCUAAAUCGAGUGAACACUAUGCAUCCGAUAGAAAUUCUGCUACGAGUGAAUAUGAUUCUCAAGCUGACACAGAUGACUGGGAAGAGUAAUUGAACGAUACAGUGUAUGGGACAAAUAAUAGAUAUUGGUGAUAUUUGGGAAACACAAUGUCCUCAAGGAUGUUCUUGUGAAAUACAAAAAUUUUCUGAUCUGCCACUACAUCAAUGGACUAUUCCAAGAAAGUGGAGUAAUGUAAGAAGUAAAUCUGUGAAGUGUUUUUCUUUUUCCAUUAAUAAAUUUCUAUUUAACAGACCCCAACAGUGGAUGAAAAUGAUUUUAGCUCUGAUAGCGAUCACAUAGGUGAUGAAUUAUUAAAAGUUGCAACAUGUGUAGUAGCAGAAGGACAUGAAAAGCUUUUAAGCAUGCUUCCUUCAGAUAUACAGGUAAUGUUUAAUCAGUAUCGCUUAUACAAAUAUUGAAUUGAGAAUUAUAUAAUGUAAUGAUAGAAGCAUCAUGUAAUGCAUUAUUGUAUUAAUCUGUUGUUUGUAAAAAAACUAAUGAAAAAGAAAAAGUACUCUUUUUUUCUUUUUUUUUUUUUUUUUUUUUUUUUUUUUUUUUUUUUUUUUUUUUUUUUUUUUUUUUAUAAAUACAGGUUCUCACAAUACUUAGGUCAGGUAGAGGAGAUGCUGAAAUUUUUUUCAAAGCUACAACAUUCCAACGUUUUUCUGAAUUACUAUCUUUAAGUAUUGAGGGUAUAGAUUAUAAUGACCCUUCUGUAAAA